GGUUUAAGGAGACUGGGAGUAUACUGAAUUUGAUAGUUUAGUUCCAGGAGGAGAACACUGCGUACAUGCCAAGUCCUAACAUUCAUUCAUUGUCUGCUCCCGUUCUUGUAAAAGUGUUGUGUGCCCCUUAUUUUCGAGAUGAGUCGUAAACAAACUCCAAGUGAAUUUCUGAAGAAAAUUAUAGGAAGGCCAGUGGUGGUGAAGCUUAAUUCUGGUGUGGAUUACAGAGGAGUGCUGGCAUGUCUUGAUGGGUACAUGAAUAUUGCCCUUGAGCAGACAGAAGAGUAUGUGAAUGGACAGCUGAAAAACAAAUAUGGAGAUGCCUUCAUCCGUGGAAACAACGUGCUGUACAUUUCAACAACAAAAAGACGUGGAUGACACUCGUUUCUGUACAUAUUCAUCACCACCACCAUACAUGUAUAGAACUGAGUUCUUCUGUGUACAUGGGAUUCAUAUCUAGUGUGUUUUUUACAUUUUUUAAAAAUACUUAAAAUGUCAUACAGUAUACUUUUAAUGUCUGACCAAGAUACACACAGCAGUUCUGCAUCAAGUGUAUUUUCUAACAAACUUUUUUGAAAUGGUUGUUCAUAUAAAUAUAUUUUCAUGAUCAGAACUAUACACAUUUUUUGACUGUUGACACACAGUGUGGCAUAAUACCAAAAUUAUCAUUUCCAUUAUAAGAUGUGUUCAUUGUGAAAUGUCUCCUUUUUUAUGAUAAAUCUUGCUUUUGUUAAGAAAUAAAUAAUGAUGGAGAAA